GCGUCUCCCGGCAGCUUCCUGCCUCUCAGGUUUAGAAAACGACAUGGUCCAGGGGGCGACGGUGGACACCGGAGGACGCUUGAGGUGGCCCCGGCUCAGCGCCUGACCUAGGCGGGGAGGCCCCGGACCCAGCACAGCAUUCAGACAGUUGUCAGCCUCGUCCAGCCAGCAACGCUGGGCAGAGGGUGGGAGCGCCAGGCCUCUGGAGCCUCCCGUGGUCGGAAGCUGCCUGCUCGGGCGGGGGUCCAUCGCCCCCCUUCUGGGGAGCUGGGGGCUCAGCACCCCAGUGCAGGUGGCUGUGCACCUCCCGGGCUACAGCUGGGCGCCCUCCCUCAAUGGGAGCCACGUCUCAGGGCAAGAAGGGCCGCCAAGGACAGUCGCUGAGAGCCUCGGGCCAGAGCUGCCGUCCCAUGGCCAGUGUCGCAGGUCUGCUGCUACUGACCGUGUCCCUCCCGCAGGGCCGUCCUGCUGCGCCUGGAGGGUUGCAGCCACCCGGUAGUCAUGAAGGGCCUGUGUGCCGAGUGCGGACAGGACCUGACCCAGCUGCAGAGCAAGGAUGGGAAACAGCAGGCACCACUGUCCACGGCCACCGUGUCCAUGGUGCACAGCGUCCCCGAGCUGAUGGUGAGCUGCGAGCAAGCUGAGCGCCUCGGCCGGGAGGACCAGCAGAGGCUGCACCGGGACCGGAAGCUCGUGCUCAUGGUGGACCUGGACCAGACGCUGAUCCACACCACCGAGCAGCGCUGCCCACAGAUGUCCAACAGGCCCCCGGUGCCCGAGGCGCCUCAGGAAGGAGCGGGCCUGGGAGGCCCUGUGCUCUCACCCUCCACGCCCAGGCGGCAUCUGCCCCGGGGCCGUCUCAGUCCUCGAUGGCCGCAUCGCGCUGCUCCCGUCGUCCCCUCCGACAAUGGGCCAAGGCCAAGCCCGCAGGGGCCCGACGCCUUCUCCCCCGAGACCAUCGAGGCUCCGCGGGCCACCACCCCCCAGCCCCCCGCCAGCCGGGACCCUGAGGGAGGGUGCGGGGGUGCGGCGCGGCUGCUGGACCUCGUGCGCGCGAGGCCUCGGCUCCCUGGAGCCCCCGGGCCGCGGCUGCGUUUCCCUCUGGGACCCCGGUCGCGGCUGCAUACCUUGGCCAGCGUCCAGCGCGAGAGGCAGUGGCGGUUUAACAGGCCAGUGACCCUGGACCCAGAGCAAGCCUGA